AUGGCCUCACCCCUUUAUCACAAGCACUGUCCCAAGUGUGGCACGGCCACCGACCAGCUCGGCCAGUACUGCCGGAACUGUGGCAAUUGUGUGCUGUGCAGCGCUGAUGAUGGAGAGGCCCUGAGCUAUCGCGCGCCUUCCUUGGUGAAGCACACCGAUGCGCUUCAAGGCAGCUUCUGUCCCUAUUCUGGCCGCCUUGACAUCGAGGAGAGCGCUCAAACCAUCAAAGUCGCCAAGCGAGGUGGUAACAAUUGGGUAACUGCCUGGAUGACCGACCCUAUGAAGGACAGUGACGUCGUCUACUUUGAAGUUGAGCUGCUGCAAGACGUGCAUGGCUGCUUUGGAUUCAUCCAAAAGCCCGUGGGCUUUAUGGCUGGGGGUGAUGCAGGAUAUAUCUAUACGACACCAGGCGCCGCGCGCCCAAGCCCCAAGCUCAAGGCCAAAGACAAGCUCGGGUUUUUGGUGGACUUUUUCUCCAACCGAAUUGUCUUGUACAUCAACGACAAGCGCCAUGGCACCAUGUGCAGCGGCAUUCGUGACAUCAAAGGGGGAAUUGUCUUUGCUUGCUCGCUCCACUACGAUGGCCAUUCCUUUGUCAUCAACCGCAAUCCCAAGCUGCCUCAGGAAGUGGAGCAGCUGCGCACCACUCUUCAAGCUCAGCAGGAUUUCAUCGAGCGCGCUUGCAGCCGCUUGGAACUCAAGGCUCAAGAAGCACGACAGCUCAAGCAGGCUCGCGAAAUUGAUCAAAAGAGUCUCGCGGCUGCUCUUGAGGAACGGGAUCGUCUCCGUCGUCGCUUGGCCGAGUUUGAGACCAAAGAUUCAACCGCAUCCGAGCCGCAAUUUGCACCCAAAGCCUCGGCGUCGGUGCCUAAGGCCUGA